ACAGCAAUCCAGAGGUGGUUCGGCGAUGCGUCUUCCUCGACUCUCUCUGAUCUCUAUAUAAAGCUUUCAAGAAGCUUCUCAGAUUUUCUCAGACGCAAUUUGGUUGCAGAGAAACGCAAAGAGAAAAUCCAAAGGGAUAUAGAGUUGGAUAAUGGAUUCGCAAACGCAGUUGCAACGUACUCAUGGCCAUCACCAAGCAGAGGGACCAAUUAGGAUUCAGCAUCCAGAGGAAGAAGAGCAUCAUGAGAAAGGACCAGGAAAAGUUCUGAAGAAAGUUAAGGAAAAAGCAAAGAAAAUAAAGAAAGCUCUUACUAAACAUGGACAUGGUCAUGAGCACGGAGAACACAUCCCCGACGAUCACGAUCUAGACGAAGAAGACGAUGAAGGUGACUACAAAGACCAAAAACUCCACGGCGGUGCACCAGCAAGAGGAAACACUCACAUUAAGCAGGACCCGUUGAAGGAGGAGCUAGUCCCUCCAGGCACAAAAUUUUUUCCGGUCGUGUCCUCUUCCCACACGAAACCAAUCAGAGGAGCCGAACCAGUACUACGAGGCUCCAAUGCCUCUCACGGCCACGAAGCACUGUCUCAUCCUGUGAGACCCUCCGGUGUAUCGGAAAAAGAAGAGAGAAGAGGGGUUGCUACACUGACACCGCACAACACCCCUGUUUCUUUGCUCUCUUCGACUGAAGAUGUCACGAGAACGUUUGUUCCUGGUGAACAACGUAGGGUCAAUAUCGAGAGACCCAGAGGAUUGGAGGAAGAUCCGGCUGCUCCAGGUGGAAGAUCAGGAGCUCUUGGCCGGAAAUCGAAUCAUCAGUCCAAAGUUACUGAUCCCACUGGAAAAGCUGGUGGAGAAAUUGGAGCAGCACCGGCUAUCCCAGCUUUUGGGAGGAGGCAAAAAACAGGCGAAGAAGAUGAUCAAUUAAGGCUUGGAAGAGAUCUGCCGGAGAGAAGCCAUGGUUUUGAUUUGAAAUCAGGACCCAAACAUUUACCGGCGGGGAACUAUGGAUCUGGAUUGGAGAAAGAAUCUCCGGCGAGGAGCCAUGAGUUUGAAGUGAAAUCAGGGGCUGAAUUGGAAAAAGAGAUUCCGACGGGAACUCAAGGAUUAUGGAUCCGUGAGGAUGAGAUGCAUCAGCCGAAUCAGAGCAGUUACACAGAUAAGAUCGCAUCGGUGACUUCGGCCGUAGCUGAUAAAGCUGCAGCGGCAAAAAACGCCGUCGCUUCGAAGCUGGGAUACUACGGGGAACUCGGAGACGGCGGCGACUUGAAUCGUGUAAAAGUAGAGCAAACCCAGCAGGGACAAGACAAGGGUGUCUCGGCCAGAGAAUAUCUGUCGGAGAAAUUAAGUCCGGGAGAGGAAGACAAGGCUUUGUCGGAAGUUGUCGCCGAGAAGCUUCAUCUCGGAGGCGAGAACACGACGGCGCCGGCGAAGAAGGGGAUAGUGACUCAAUCGGAGGAGGUGGAGAAGCGGCUAGGAGGAUUCUCAGAUCCGAAAUCGGAAGGGGCGAUGAAACACGGGGAAGAAGCGGUUGCGGAGGAAGGCGAAGGAGGAAUGGUGGAGAUGUUGAGAGGAGCUGUGACGUCAUGGAUUUCCGGUACGACGGAGGAAGUGAUGCAAAAGUCUACAGAGUCUGUUCAGGACUCUUCACAGUCCGUCGGCUCCACCGUCGGGAAUAUGGGAUUUUCCGGUUCGGGAGCAGAUGGGGCGGGUCAACGCAGCGGUGACAAGAGUGACUCUGUGCCUGUGCAGAAGAGAUUUCAAGAAUCUGGAAACUGACAUUUGCUGCUUUACUUUUUUUUCCAUGUAUGGUUUGUUAAUGCUUUGUAUAUUAAUGUGUGUAGUAUGGUUUUUGAUGAUCAGACUUUGAUCCAAUAGCUGAUUUUGCUGUAUUACUC